UCUCUCUGUCACACUCCCUCUCUCUCUCUCUGUCCCUCCCCCCGUCUAUCUCUCUGUCCCUCCCUCUCUCUCUCUCUCUCUCUCUCUCUCUCUUUCUCUCUCUCACGCCCUCUCUCGUUUCAGACAGGGCAUCAUGUAGCAGCGCAGCAAGAAAGGAGGCUGUUCCGCAGUGCCCCUGCUUCUGUCUUUGUUGUUUUUGUUUGUCUGUUUUUUAUCCCCCCGCCCCACCCCAUCCGUGUUGUAAUGACCCACCACCACUGCCAGCCUCAGGAGAGAUGCCUGUACUUGAGAUGGCAGUGAGCCCUGUCAAGUCCCUGUACUGGGAGGUGUUCCCCCCCAUGUCCUCAUGCAGGGUCUACUGCACCCCUGUGUUCCACGGUGGCCUGCUCUAUGUUCUGGGAGGAUGCAAUGAAACAGGCCUGCCUUUAGAUACUGCUGAGGUGCUGGACAUAGAGAGCCAGACAUGGACCCAGCUUCCUCCGCUCCCUACAGCCCGGGCGGGGGCGUCGGCGGUGGCCCUGGGGGGUCAGGUGAUGGUGAUGGGGGGCAUGGACCUCCAGCAGAGCCCCCUGUCCUCCGUGGAGGUCUACAACCCUGACGAGGGCAAGUGGGAGAGGAGGGCCAGCCUGGGACAGCCCUCCAUGGGCAUCACUUCUAUAGAGAAAGAUGGGAAGGUGUACGCGCUGGGAGGGAUGGCAGCUGACACUACGCCCCAGGCGCUAGUAAGGGUCUACGAGCCGGAGAAGGACCAAUGGCAGGCCUUGACCUCCAUGCCCACACCUCGCUACGGAGCCACCUCCUUCCUGAGAGGCAACAAGAUUUACGUGCUGGGUGGGCGUCAGGGAAAGCUUCCUGUCACAGCCUUCGAGGCCUUUGACCUGGAAAUGAAGAGUUGGACGCAUUACCCCUGUAUCCCCAGCCGCCGAGCCUUCGCCUGCUGUGCUGCCACCGAGCGGGGCUUCUUCAGUCUAGGAGGGCUCCAGCAGCCCUGCCCCCAUAACUUCUACUCCAGACCUCACUUCGUCAGCACGGUGGAGGAGUACGACCCAGAACAGGGUAUCUGGAUCAAACCAACCCGAGCAUCCAGGAUGAGGGAUAAGAGAGCGGAUUUCUCAGCCGGAUGUCUGGGAGGAAGGGUCAUCGUUGCGGGGGGACUAGGAAACCAGCCGUCACCCCUGUCGUCAGUGGAGAGCUACAACCUUGUGAAGCGACGUUGGGAGUAUGCUGCCCCGAUGCCCAGCCCCCGCUGCUGCUGUGCCCCCCUGCAGACCCCCAACAUGCUGUUCCUCAUCGGGGGUGUGGCCCAGGGGCCCAGCAACGCCGUGGAGGCCCUCUGUCACAGAGAGACUGUGUGACACACACACAUGCACAGAGACACACACUAACACAGCUACUAUACACACUCAAAAAAAAAUACACAGGAAAUGACUGUGGCGCUAUUUGUGCAUACACACCAGUACAAACACAUUAUUUGUGUACAGGUGAGGGACACACACACACUCAUACAGACUCGUAUUGGACCUGGACACCUGUCACAAAGGAGUUGUUGAACAAAUAACAACAACAACAAAAGCACCACACACAAUACUCAUUUGAACAUGACAGCAUUUUCCAGGAUAAAAGCAGGGUACUUUUCUGGAAAUUAAAGGAAUUUAGGGCCAUAUGUGUUUCACCACAGCAUAUCUGUUUCACCACAGCAUAUCUGUUUCACCACAGCAUAUGUGUUUCACCACAGCAUAUCUGUUUCACUACAGCAUAUGUGUUUCACCACAGCAUAUCUGUUUCACCACAGCAUAUCUAUUUCACCACAGCAUAUCUGUUUCACCACAGCAUAUGUGUUUCACCACAGCAUAUGUGUUUCACCACAGCAUAUCUAUUUCACCACAGCAUAUCUAUUUCACCACAGCAUAUCUAUUUCACCACAGCAUAUCUAUUUCACCACAGCAUAUCUGUUUCACCACAGCAUAUGUGUUUCACCACAGCAUAUGUGUUUCACCACAGCAUAUCUAUUUCACCACAGCAUAUCUGUUUCACCACAGCAUAUGUGUUUCACCACAGCAUAUGUGUUUCACCACAGCAGUGUCCGGUUGCCGUGGCUUGUUUACACUAUUUCAUUUAAUCACCUUAAAAAAGUUGAGAGUUUAGGAUACAACUUCGGAGUAUGUGAGUGUGUGUGUUUUGGUCCCUGUUGUUAACGUUAAUGUUAACGUUAAUGUUAUUAAAAUCACAGACUCCUGAAUACCACCUCUAGAAUUGUCGGCCAAUACCUGCACUGUGGCACCAGAGACUCAGAGUAGAGCUCUUUGACACAAAGCCACAUUUCCCUGAAGCUUAAAGACUUGUUUUUGGAGAGAAAAAAAGACAUAAUAUUUUACAUCAGAGUUUAGCAAUGAAACUUCAGAGAAUGAAACCAUAUAAGAGUUGUUUUUAAUGGGGAAAAGCAAUAGCUCUUAACAGGAAGUCCUCCUGUACAUAUACCAUUCUUAUUCAACCUUUGACCUUUCAAGGAACUAACAGGAAAUAGAGGGGACACCCAGGAGGGCAGUGGGAGGGGUUUUAGAGAUAGUAUUAGUGGACAGAGGGUGACGGUCACAUUAGAUUGACCUCAUAAUACUGUAUAUUUUUAGUAUGUAUUUUAUGAGGAUUUUCUUUCCUUGCGUCACCCCUGUUGAACCCCACAUUCAUUGGAUCAUGAGCUGGCUUUGACGCUGUCUGAUUACAGCAUCUCCUGAUUCAUGACUGAUUAUCUUUAUCAACGUCUCCUGCUGGGUAGCUCUUCCAUGUGCUAAAUUACAGGUUGGUUAGGAGGGCUGCAGGAGGCCGGUUAGGAGGGAUGCAGGAGGCCGGUUAGGAGGGAUGCAGAAAGCAGGUUCGGAGGACUGCAGGAGGCCGGUUAGGAAUACUGGCCCUGCUUAGGAGGACUACAGAGAGCGUAAUGAAACUCUCAACCAUAUUCAUAUUCUAGAGACUAUUAAAUAGCUUAUGGUUUCAUUCUAGCACAUAGACCCCCCCCCCCCCCCCCCCCCCACACUUACACUCCCACAACCACAUACAUAUUUCUAGAAAAACGUUGUUGAUGAUGUCAUUGAGAUGUUCCCUUGGGGAGUGCAGUGUCUUUCUAAACACACUUUAGUGCCAGUUGAUAGAUGUAUUUCUGGCUACGUGGGAAGUUGUGUUUCUGUAUGCUCUAAGACUCACCACAUGGAUCUGGCUGGUUGGCAACAGCAAUAGAGUGAUGGAUAGAAUGCAAAUAUAUGUACAUACGGAACUGGAUUCUCAUCAGUGGAGAGAGACUGCUGUAUUCGGUAACAGUCUGCAGGAGGAACCAGGGUCUCUUCGGCAGAACACUCUGGUUUCUAAGCUCUUGAGUACUGUUUAGAAAGAACUUGCACGAGAGAGAGAGAGAGAGAGAGAGAGAGCGAGAGAGAGACAGAGAGAGAGAGAAUCAUUUUUCAGAUGUGCUCUGGCGCUGACAUGACAUAUGACUCAACAGCGUAAACUGCAGUUGACUCUAGUUCUGUACUGUAAUCCUACUGCUGUUGGCUUCAUAAACAGUGUUGUAGAUCAUUCAGUACAUUUACUUUUCCCAUUUGCUUUCUUUAUAGCAGAGAUCCCUUCUAAACAGUCUAUUAGACUCAGGUUUUAUAUACGAUAUGUCUCUCUGCCUUCUCUUCCUGGGAUCAAAGAUGCUGAAUCCACACAUGACAUAUUUCCAUACUUACUUGCAUUUGAUGAAUAUAAAUCAUUUCAGAACUGUGUCUUAUUUUUUUUUACCAUCAAAGACUCUGUUUUUGUGCGGUUCACUGUGAACACCUGGUGUCGAGGCAACAGUCACUGUAUCACACCCGCAAGUAGCAUUACUGUGUAACAGUCAGUGAAGUAUUGUUGCUUUUCCUUCCAAAAUAAAUUAGUAUUUUAAAUAAUUUGUAUUCUCUCUAAAAAAAAUCCCUGUUUGCUAUAUUUUGUAUUUUUCCAGUUUGUUGUUUUAACACCACUGGGCUUCUACAGCUGUCUAUUUGCAUUGUGUGGGUUGAGCUGUACAAGGUCAUGUUUGUAGUGGUGUUGCCCUGUCAUGUUGACACUUGGUCUGUUCUCUCUAUGAUGCUGUGCUGUGAUGUGUUUCCAUGGUGCGUAACCAGGGUGAUGGUGUUAGCUGAUGAUCUCUGACUGUAACCUGUGCGUCCCCAACUCCUGUCUCAACGAAGGGAGGCUAUGCAGUAUGUCUGAACAUCACAGAGGGGUUCAGAAAGAAAGAAAGAAAGCUUGUCACAAUUUUAAUUAUUUUUAUAUUAGGUUUACGUUUGAAGCAAGGAGGCCAGAUAAGUUUGCUUUGGUCAAGAUACACGUGUACACAAACACACGCACACUAAUGAUGUCACAGCUCAUCCACAUUUGGAGAAGGAGAUUCCUAUACAUUGUAGAAUAUGAGUGAGUAGAGGAACACCUGUGCCAAUACUUAGUCUGUCGCUGAUCCUAAACCAAUCAAGAGAUAUCUGAAUCAAGAAGAAUAGGCCACUCCCACACUGAUCUGUGGUGUGUGGCAACAUUCAUGUUCUAACUAACAAUCAGCAGGAAGUGUUUUAUUCCUAUAAUAUGAGGUGAGGUGAUCAGUGGGAAGUGUUUUAUUCCUAUAAUAUGAGGUGAGGUGAUCAGCAGGAAGUGUUUUAUUCCUAUAAUAUGAGGUGAGGUGAUCAGUGGGAAGUGUUUUAUUCCUAUAAUAUGAGGUCAGGUGAUCAGCAGGAAGUGUUUUAUUCCUAUAAUAUGAGGUCAGGUGAUCAGCAGGAAGUGUUUUAUUCCUAUAAUAUGAGGUGAGCUGAUCAGCAGGAAGUGUUUUAUUCCUAUAAUAUGAGGUCAGGUGAUCAGCAGGAAGUGUUUUAUUCCUAUAAUAUGAGGUCAGGUGAUCAGUGGGAAGUGUUUUAUUCCUAUAAUAUGAGGUCAGGUGAUCAGCAGGAAGUGUUUUAUUCCUAUAAUAUGAGGUGAGGUGAUCAUCAGCCCAAACAAUGAGUCUGAGUAGUUAUUGUCAAAAAAACAAUUGGUUCCAAAAAUAUUUGAAUUGGGCUGCAUGUGUAAAUGCAGCCCUAGAGACCGGAUGAGGAGACAACUUUAUUAGCGGACAAUGUGCAGAGGAGAGCUUCAGGCAUUUUGACAGAGCUCCGGUCUGACAGAGAGAUGCCUGGAUGGAUUCCUGUAAUUGUGUUUUGAUUAUGUUCUCUGGUCCAGUAAGACAUUGUUACAGUAAUGUGGUACAGGUACAGUGCCCAGGCUGAGUUGUGACUCUAGUACAGUAAGACAUUGUUACAGUAAUGUGGUACAGGUACAGUGCCCAGGCUGAGUUGUGACUCUAGUACAAUAAGACAUUGUUACAGUAAUGUGGUACAGGUACAGUGCCCAGGUUGAGUUGUGACUCUAGUACAGUAAGACAUUGUUACAGUAAUGUGGUACAGGUACAGUGCCCAGGCUGAGUUGUGACUCUAGUACAGUAAGACAUUGUUACAGUAAUGUGGUACAGGUACAGUGCCCAGGCUGAGUUGUGACUCUAGUACAGUAAGACAUUGUUACAGUAAUGUGGUACAGGUACAGUGCCCAGGCUGAGUUGUGACUAUAGUACAGUAAGACAUUGUUACAGUAAUGUGGUACAGGUACAGUACCCAGGCUGAGUUGUGACUCUAGUACAGUAGUUCAGUGCCUAUAAAUGUGAGGUAGUGCCUCGACCAUGAAUUCUUUAAUAAACUAUUUUGACGUGCUGUCUGAUUGGAUUGAGUAUGUGUGGCAUUAUUUCUGUAUUUUUCUCUUUCACAUUAACAGCAGAGCAGGCAGCAACCAGAGGCCUCGUCUGCGCUGCAGUGUGUAUUUCAAUGUCUACUUAGCAGAGGUGUAACGAAAUGUGAGAAAAUGUCACCUCGUUCAUUAUAGAUGAACCGGGCGGUAGAAGGUUUCUGCUCCUGUGGGGAGAAUGGAAGUGGUGUGCCUUCACGAUAUAUUGACUUUGAGGUAUGACUUGCACGGUUCACUGGUUCUCAAAAUUAGUUAUUUCAUUUUUUUACCAUUUCAUUGUAAAUAGUAUGUCAUCUGCACUGAGUGUCAUCAUAUUCAACAGAACGGUGUGUAGCGUAGAAUUCCAUGUACCACGGGACAACAAAGACUGGAAUAUGACAGAGAAGUAUUUUAUAUUUCUACUGAUGCACUCUGUUUACCAGGAGCUACUUAUAAACAUGGCUAAUGUCCCCGUUUCUAGUUACAAUGUUUCAUAAUUGUACAUCACAAUGUCAAUGAAUAAACGUUGUCUUUAA